AUGUCUCAACACUCAAACCGUCAUCCAACAGACCAGUCUGGUCUGAAAUAUAUCAUCAAUCAUGUGUACUGCCCCCUCAAGUUGCCGCAAGACAGUGACCAUUCCCUCAAGAACGACCUAGCCUUAGCUCAGGCGGUUGUGGACGCUGCUCUUGCCUUCAGCGAGCAGCUGCCGUCCGAUAAGCAACUCCUUUGGAUGAGCAGCUUGAAAAUGCUUCAGAACCUUAAAGAUUCGGUCAGAUUUAGCGUGAUGUCUGCAAAGGAAGUCGAAUCUCAAAUUAGUGUCAUGGACAAUAAAGAUGUUCUUGUAUACAUGAUUCGCGCACAAAAUGCUGCGGUGGUCAUGAGAAAACUCGAAUCCGACACCAUAUUUGAAUCAUUCGAGAUGUCUCCUGACCCUACCGCAGUGAUGGGCGCAAAGGGAAAGCUGAUUUGUUCUUAUCCUGGACCUGCUAUCACAGUUCCGGAUACGAACAUUGAUAAUGCUACCUUUCCCGCCGAGCUCGCGAAUUUUCUCGUUCACAUGGAUGAAGAUGUCCUUGAUGCGGCAGCGACGAGGACAAAAGCCAAAUCCACUAUUCUCGAAGAGAGGGAUACAACGCAUCCCCGAUAUAUCACAGAACUCCUGACUGGUAUAUUGCGUGGCCUCGGGAGCAUCGCUGAUGUUCCUCGCAUCCGCAAGCGCAUCGGAGAUGACGUGCUGUGGGACAGCGCGAAAUUGCCGUGGAGGCGAUCUCCACUUUGGCUUGUUACUCGCGUUGCCUUACAGACGACUCUGGAGCGCAGUGCUCUUGGACGAACGACGUAUAAAUCGUUCAUCUUGUUCUUCAUGGCGAGGCUCACGACCAUUGCCCUCGACCAUGACUUGUCGAAUGACAUCUUACACUUUAUGUCGGCAAAGAUCGCACGUCGUCUUUUCAAGCUUAGAUCCUCUGCAUCUCCGGAGUUGUCGCAGAUGCUCCAUAAGGUCACCAGUGAUGUAAGGCGUAUCCUGGAGGAAAGAUGGGGAUCUGUUCAGGGCGCGCAACGGGCCUCGCCUCAUUGGGCUCCUGAGACACUCCGAGUCUUGCAGGAUACCCAUCUUUCCUUGAACACGAGUCGAGAGUACAUACGUCAAGCUUUGCAGAACGAGCAUUCAUCCCCCAAAACAACCUCAUUCUAUCCCAGCCACCACACGCGCGGGACAAUUGAUGAUUUCCUUGACGCUGAAACUAGCUUCCUGGUAGCUGUUUAUGCCUCAGAACCAUCUCUUGCCCUCGCCGAUUUCGAGACCGCCAUUAGUUCAGGGAUCGACGACUGGGUGGCGCGCGUUCCACUCCAGAGUAUUGAUUCUGUAUGCGUCUCGAUUGAGGCAUGCGCCUCUGCGUACUCCUCGAGAGCGCUUACGACUUAUAAAGGAAACCCGGAGAAUUUAUCUAUCAUGCUUCUCACCCUUUUUGAGCUCUGGGUAGCCAUGGAUAAGAUCGUUGUUGGACAAAUUCCACUCCUGGCAGAAUACUCCCCCGAAAUCCCAUUGACACUUUGGGAAUGUCUUUUAAUCCGCAAAGCUUCUGGCCUUGAUCGUUUGAAGAAGUUGCACGCCUACCUGAAAUCUCGUCAUUGCCAGGCUUCUAGCCGUCUGUCAGCAUUCUCGUUCACCAACGAUGACAAGUCGUUCUCGGCGCGAUAUUUUUCCCAGUCACCAAAGCUACAGAGUUUGAAGGUUCGCAUUGAGGCAGAUGGUCAGAAACAGCGGGAGAAGAAGUUGAUUGAGCUCCAAACCAUCAAUGGGAGGUAUACUGAUAAGGAGAAGCGUGCGGAAAAUCUAUCGCACACAUACCGCGUCUCUUCACGUGGCAAGCAAGUGCAUGAGCCCCCCCGGAAAUGUGACAAGUGUCGCCUGGAAAAGGAAAUGCGGUCGAUGAAUAUUACGGUUCACGAGUGGCCACUACCAGCCAGUGAAAAGGAGGCGAUCGCGGUGGUGUUUGAACUAGGGUGCCCCAUCAUGUUGGACAUGUGGAGAUCUACGACAUUCCAUGUCCUCGUUGAUGUCUGUACUCCACAGGAAGAAAUCUCACACACUAACGCCUUCAUAAUACUGCCGGACUAUCAUGCGUUGCAGCGUUAUCGCCAGCGUCAUCCAAGGCAGAGGCUGACUUUGGCAUCGAAUGCCAAACCAUUCACCAAAUGUCACUACAAGACCGUUCGCAUUCCCACGGAGGAUGUUGACAGCGUCUGUGUGAAUAAUGGGCUCGUAUUCCAGCCUUUCGAUACAGUCACUGCCACAUGGACCGCCAAUGUAUUACAGCGCUGUGAUUCUAGCAAAUCAUGCACUUUCCUCGUUCCCAAGGGACCAUAUGAUGGUUUGCAGCAGUACCUUGCAGGGACAUCCCACACGUCAAACGAGGUUAUAGCCAAUCAGGCAGAUUGUCACAAGGACAUGACUAUACACGAAUUCAUCGCGUUCGGAGCCUUGCGGACUGGACCUCGUUUGCAAUGGAUGAACGUGCUACGUGAACUCCGUGCAAGGACGCUCAAUUUUCGACGCGAAGAGGUCCAUCUACUGUUGGCGCAAGCUGUUUCACAGGUUGGCCCAUUUUCGUCCGACGAUGGCCUUAUUUGGCACGAGGAAUUGAACAGCGUGCCCUUCCUGGGUGCACUACUCGGAGAGCUGGAGGAUUUGAUGGCGAGCGUUGAAGGGAAUUGGCUGGAAGCUGUUACGAUCGACACUAUCAUCAUGCUUGUGUGCCGUGUCUUGUCCUCCACUCAGGAAGAGAGUAUCAAAAUUCGCGGAUAUUUGUUGCUUCGGAGGAUACGAACUGCGACUUUUACGUUGCUGACGCAACUAUCGGGGAAAAUGCAAGCUGGCAACGAGGAGACGGACUUACAAGGGCGCGUUCGAGAUAUGGCAGUCACCUGUCGCAGCACUUUCGAUGUCGACGGAGACGCUUCACUGCUCCUGACGUCGAACGAUGACAUCAAGAUAUUUGCAUAUUGUGCGGUCAUGAUUUAUGACAACACUCCAAGCCAAUUGAGCAAUUUUUCGCAACAUUCCAAGCUACUGCUAGAGCGAGACAAGAGAUGUUGCCACGCAUUAGAACCAGCUAUUCGUCGAUAUGCAGAGCUUCACAGGGAGGGUCUUGAUUGCGCGAUUGCCAAGAUUUGGGGCAGUUACAGACCAGGAACUCCUUGGAGGGCACUGAUGGCUCCAAAUUCUCGUUGGCUUGCGACACAGACUGCGCCAUCGUAUUCCCAAUCGCCACAGGACGUGCACAUCAAUUUGAUUAGCGGAUGCUUACUUGUUGACGGGAAGCAGCUGGGCAGGCUCCCUUCAAUGAUAGUGCAACAUCCCACUUACCAAUCGAUUUUCGGCGAUCAAGUUCUGGACAUCGUUCCAGCUGAUAUUCCUGGAAUGGAAUAUGCGACACGGGGGAACUUCUAUGACUAUCAGGUAUCUUUCUCUCUCUGUGACUCGAACGAUCUUAUUAUUCGUGCGAAGCAUAUCAAACAUGACUCACCCAUCCUCCAGCUCAUUCCGAGCCACAAAUUCGUGGAUGACCUACCGACCAACUUGGUCGUGGGUCAUACUCAUUGGCUUAACCUGCGCACGAGCGAAAUUGAGAUUCGGGCCGCAGAGAAUGUGUGGAAAUCUUCGCCUGAUAAUUGGGUCUUGACAUUUGCUGUUUCGGGUUCCUCGGCGGUGCAGAAUUCCAGUGGUGCUACCCUUGUCGACAUACGCAGCCAAACGUGGUACAUGAUCUCCAAGAGGCUGCACCCUCUAGAGGAUGCACGAUUCAUCAUGGUCACGUAUAAUACAGCAUCCGGCGGCACAGCCUUAUUGAAGGCUGAUUUGCCUCGAUAUGGCCUCGAGUUCUUUGUCGAUGAGGAAGGGGAAUUGCAGUCCCGUAACAUGCGCAACAUGGUCGUUGAUGUCAUUCAAUCUACUGGCACCUUGUUUGGAUUAGUCAAUCAACUCAUCUUGCGCCCGAAGUUGCAAGUCGCAGAUGAGCAUCCGCGCACCGUCAUCAUCCCAGAUGGUCGUGUCUCAUACUCUGCGAAUGGUCAUCAUGUCCGCGUCACCAUCGCUCCUGAAGGUACUCGGGUGACAUAUCAGUUGUACAGGGUUGAUACAGAUCUACGCUGUCUCACUGGGAACGUGGGUCUGACAAGUAAGCUCUAUCAGGCGCUCCUUCACGCUGUUACCAGCGGCUGCCUCCCUGAUCCCCUGACAGGCAGAACAGGGACAGAGGAGGCAUUGCAUCUCUUGCAUUCUGCAGCUUGCCGAUCGUUUAUGAGGCUUCGCUCGCGUGACACAGAUCUUUUACGCGAGAUCAGUUCUCUGUCAACCAAGCGCGUCUGGUAUCCCAUUCAUCUUCAAAAAAUGCAGACAAUUUCGUGGUCAUGCCUUGUGCCCCUUGCACAACACCAUGGUUUUCAUCCAGCCGCAAAAUCUAUCAUGGAUUAUGGCAUGCAGCUUGCAACUUUCUCAGAAGGGUCUGCAAACCCUCCGCUCACCUAUGAGCUUCCGCAGUUCACUGACCACCUUCUUGAGCGCGCGUCAGUUCGUGCCUCGGCAAUCUAUCCUAAUCAGUUCUCUCUUCCACUUUCGCCCGGUGAUACGGACGUUAUCUAUGCUUCACGUGAUAUUCCCGACAAAGUCGCGGAAGAGAGGGCAUUCCAAACUGCCUUCAUGGUCUACCAGUGGCCAAGCAGCCUUCCAGUGCAAAAAAAUCUCCUUAGUUUGUUGACUCAGUGGAAAGAUGUCCAGGGCAUUGGCGAACCGUUCAGUUUGCAAUACUCCAAAGACUGGCUUCAACCGACUUUUCCCGACGUCUUCCUUCCUGCGUACAAUUGCUCUCGGAGUGCUACGAAGAAAGACAGAUUCCAGUUGGUGUUCACUCUGGCUUCAGUAUCAUACAGCUUGUUGGACGAUUACGCCCUCGUCCCGACACUCUUAGCCUUCGCCACGAUUCCCGAACUUCGCAGCCUGGAUUGCCUCCCAGACUUCACCUCCUAUGAUCUCUCGGAUGGUUUCAUGCCGUCCGAUGAGAGAUUGAAUAAUAUCAUCAAUUCGUGUACCAGAGAUUAUGAAACCAGCGAGGAGAGCAAGCUAGCUGCGAGUUCCGAGGAAGAUGAAAAGACUCUGUGGAAGCGUCGUUAUGCAGCUUUCAAAGAAAAGUGUCGCUCUGAAAAGCAAGUCAUUCUCAAUCAAGUUCGGGACGCUUGGCCAUGCGAAGAUCCUCCGUCACUUGAUACUCUCCAAGUGAACUACUACGAUCUGAAUGAACUGUCGGGGAAACUUUACUCGGUAUUCUGUAGCUGUUGGCGAAAUUAUCGUUUGAAGCAACACCUGGAGGUCGUGCAGCAGAUUCUCAAAAAAUGCUACGCUCCCAAUUGUCCGUCAAAAGGACCCUCACAAUACAAUCUCGAUUCCCAUUUUGAACUCUCGGAUGUUGCUUCGUCAUCCUCAUUCAUCGAUGCCCGGUACCUUUUCGAUCGAGAUGCGCCUGGUAUAUCCAUGCAUGGGUCUUCCAAAGUUCUUCACACUUUGAGUCGGAGAGAUUUCAUAUCUCCAGACUCUCGAGUCACAGCGAGGUUGCAACAGCUGAUCAACGACUUUCGCGCCCGAGGAAGUGACAAGUUUUGCCGCAAAUACGCCGAUGAUCUGGACCAGAGCAGGUCAAUUUACUGUGAUGAAAAGAUCGUUGCUCUACCAGAUUCUACGCCAUACACGAUGGAAUUACUGCUCGAGUACCAUUCUCUCCAUAGCCGGCAAUUCCAAGAUUCACUCGCAUCUAUCUCAUACGCCCUCUCCCCUGCCUCUGCUGCUGAAAACACAUUAUACAAUGCUGGAUUAUGGCCUCGAGUUACACCAAAUUUCCUCUUCACUCGCAUGGCUUCUGCAGCAGGAAGUUCUUUGGGGGAGGCCUGGCGUGAUACUCUUGUCCGGCUGUCGCAGAUACUUUUGCAACUGCAACGCUCGCGAAGGCUGUUGGUGUUUGCCGCUAACAAAAACUGGGUCGAGUUCUUCAAGGAAUUGGAGAGCGAAGAAUGUGAGGGAUUUGAUCCAGAGCUGUACCCUGACUGGCUUUUAAUACAGAUUGAGGGUCGGUUCUUGGCACGGCCAGUCCAGGUCAAGGUUGCGCUGGAGAUGAUAUCGCCAUGCACAGGAGGAAAUACUUCUCUGCAGCUGAACAUGGGCGAGGGCAAAUCCUAUGUCAUUGUUCCUCUCGCAGCAGCCGCACUUUCUGAUGGCCACAGACUAGUCCGAGUAAUCGUGCUGAAGUCGUUGUCGGCUCAAAUGUUCCAACUCCUGGUUGAACGACUAAGCGGCCUUGCACAGAGGCGCAUUUUCUAUAUUCCAUUCUCCCGCGCACUCUCUAUUGACUCAUCGAAGAUGCAAAUGUAUCGUGACUUGAUGCAAGAAUGCAUGGAUGCCAAGGGCAUUUUGGUCGUGCAACCGGACCAUAUUCUGUCGUUCCAGCUGAUGGUUAUUGACCGUCACCUGUCCCCUCAGACUGAAGCUGCUGAAGAUAUGCUUCAGACUCAGCUAUGGCUCGACAAUCACGCACGCGACAUCCUGGAUGAAAGCGAUGAAAUUCUGCAUGUCCGCUACCAGCUGGUGUACACUGUGGGUCUCCAAAGGUCGCUUCAAGGUCAUCCCGAACGGUGGACGACGACACAACAAGUGUUAAGCUUGGUCGCGAAGCACACUGUUCGGCUCAUGAGCAAAUUUCACUCAUGUUCAGAAGUGUCCACUCAGGAUGUCAUCAAUGGCGCGCUUGAAAACAUCAGCUUCGAUCAAGCAUCGCCCCACGUGAAAGAAGCUGUUUGCCGCUUUAUCGCAAUUGAGCAUAUAUCCAACACUUGUGUCAGUGUAGUGGAGGAUCGCUAUAGAGACACUAUCAUAUGGCCCAGCCUUCUAGUCUUGCGAGGAUUGCUGGCGUACGGUAUCUUGGUGUACGCCAUCAAAGAACGUCGCUGGCGCGUGGAUUAUGGCCUUGCCCCAAACCGAACUAUGCUCGCUGUUCCAUUUCGCGCUAAAGACAUGCCCUCGCAGCGAGCAGAAUUUGGCCAUCCGGAUGUUGCUGUCAUCCUUACGUGCCUCUCUUACUAUUAUGGGGGCCUCACGCUCCAGCAGCUGAUGUUGUGCUUCGAGCUCCUGCUAAAGCAGGAUAAUCCCGCCCUCGAGUAUGAAUCCUGGAUAGCUAGACUUCAAUCCGUCCCAGAAAGUCUGCGCCACCUUAGCGGAAUCAAUACGGAAUCUGCAGAGCAGCUCCAAGAUCUUCAGAAAUUAUUUGCAUGCAACAAGGCAGUCAUAGACUUCUACCUGUCCCGAGUAGUUUUUCCGAAAGAAGCGAAGGGAUUCCCCAGAAAGCUCACCUGCUCCGGAUGGGAUCUCGCCCAAGAGAAGGGACAUCUCACAACUGGCUUUUCUGGUACCAACGACAAUCGUUAUUUGUUACCGAGCUCAAUAGUCCAGCAUGAUCUUGAUUACCAACGCAGCACGAAUGCCCGAGUCCUGGCGUUGCUUCUGCGCCCGGAGAACAAUUGCUACACAUGCAUACCCCCCGGCCAAAAGGUAUCACACUUCAUUGAUGCCCUUAUCGCACAAACCCCCGAGGUCCGCGUGCUCUUGGAUGUGGGUGCGCAGAUGCUGGAAUUGAAGAAUCAGGAAUUGGCCGAGACAUGGCUUCGAGCCAAGCUUGACGCUCAAGCUGCAGUCUUCGUGAAUGAUGAUGAUGAAAUUGUCGUUGUUAGUCGGGAUGGGACAGUGGAACCCCUUGUGUCGUCCCCCUUUGCCCAGCAGCUUGAUCAGUGUGUGAUAUAUCUAGACGAUGCGCAUACUAGAGGAACAGAUGUCAAACUUCCUUCCGGCUUCCGGGCUGCAGUCACGCUUGGUCCGAAAGUCACGAAAGACCGCCUGACGCAAGGAUGCAUGCGAAUGCGGAAGGUGGGCAAUGGACACUCGGUCAUGUUCUUCGCUCCGACGGAAGUUGACCGAAGCAUCCGUUCGGCGACUCAGAAAGCUGAUUCCGACGAUGUCGACGUGGCAGAUAUCUUGUACUGGGCGAUGCUCGAAACUUGUUUUGACAUCCAGAUGCGUGCAUUCCACUGGGUUCAACAGGGAUCGGAUUUCAACACACGGCAUUCCGCAUGGACUCAAUUCUCGCGCGCCCCUGCCACUUCGAUUGCCACCCUUGAAACUGCCUGGUUGCAGCCAGAGGAGCGUUCAUUAGAGGAUAUGUACGCACCACGCAGUCCUUCACAGGUAUCACACGUUUGUGAUGCAGACAUUCGAGGGAAGUGCGAGGAGCUCGGAGUUCUAAUGGGACCUGAAAGGAGCAUGGGUGAGGAACAAGAAAGGGAGGUAGUCCACGAGGUAGAGAAGGAACGUCAAGUUCACAGACCGCCCAAAGUAAGGCCUGCGGUUCAGGACCUGCAUGCGGAUGUUCGUCGAUUUGUCCAAACCGGCCGAAUUCCUACAGGGUCUCCCGCAUUCAUUCCAGCGCUAUCCAGCCUUGUCGACACUACCACUGAAUUUCAUGAAGGCGAUCAGUGGGCAAACAAUAUUUUAGUCACUCGUGAUUUCGCCCAUACGGUGGAGACUUUUCUUACCAGGAAGAAAGCAGAUGAAUACCUGCGGCCCGUCAAUUGGAUUGUAUCCAGUGACGUUGGAGUGCUGGUAGUCAUGAGCCCGAACGAAGUGAACAUACUGCUGCCCGAUAUCCGGAACAGCAAUGUAGUUCACUUAUGUGUCUAUACUCCUCGCACCGCAAACACGAUGAAGGCAUGCGAUGAUCUUCAACUCUACCGCAUUCCUUCGAUGCCACAUCUGACACCACCGGAGCCGCUGAUUUGCCAGCUCAACCUUUUUGCGGGUCAACUCCAGUUACGAGAUGUAUCUCCACACUUGCAACUUCUUAGGGCUCAACGCGCCGGAUUUGGGAGAUGA